AGCUGUGAUUAAUAUAUAUUAAAAAACAGCGAAGAUCGUUUUGCCGCCCCCAAGACAUUGCGCCCGGGGCGACUCUAUAUACAUGUAAGUACAGAACUAAUGUUUGCAAUGUAUUUUCAGAUACCGUUUUACUUAUAUAAACAUAGGAAGUCCCGGGCGAUGUAAUGACUCUCAAAUUUAUGAGACGUCAUCACUUAAGAAAGAAAUAGAUAAUUGUCUUUACUAAGCGAAAUGUCUCGAGACAUUUCAGGAAUACAUGUGCCAGUAUUUAUUAUUGGGGAUUCGGCUUUUCGUUUUAGCAAACAAAUGAUGAAGCCGUAUCCAUUCGGCGUAAAUAAAAAUCAUCAUGAGAAGGUAUUCAACUACACUCUUUUGAAAACACGUAGAGUGGUCGAAAAUGCUUUUGGACACCUCAAGGCCCGCUUUCGGCGCAUCGGAAAAGGAAUUGACAACUCUGUACAGAAUGCCAACUCAAUAAUAAUAUCAUGUUGCGCUCUUCACAAUUUUUUAAGUGAUAACAACGACACGCUAAACGCUAGAUGGUUACGCGCUUUGGAAGAGUUGGAGACUAGACGCCAAAAUCCGUGUGAUGUUUUAUAUGCAUCUGAUGAUGUGUAUAUUGUAUCACAAUGUCUACAUUUUACACAAUUACAUAUGCAUUAAAUCAAUGAUAAAGUUGUACACAC